GUCCCUGAAAUCUCGAAAGGCGGUACUCUAUUCCGCAAACUAGGAACCACGGCGAGACUAAGCUACGAAGCAAACGUAUCAUUACAUUAUUUUCCUGGUGCACUGCGAUUACGAUCUGACGGAAGUCAGUGUUUGCUGAGGGUAAAGUGUGAGAUCGAUCAUCGCACGUCGAGCGAUGUCAACGUUGAAGGUCGUUCACAUAGUGCACAGAACGAUAUUCAUCGUGGUUCUAGUUCUCUCGAUCGUCGAACAAGUUCA